AUGGAGAACACUACAGGAGCAAUGAAGUUCAUUUGUGUGACUCUGCUGAUUAUUAGUGGAAUUACAGAUUCGAGAUCAGACCUGCUCUCUUUCUCUUUUACAGAGCAGUAUGAAGCAGUGGGUCCUGCAGAUGCUGUUCUUGCUGUAGCUGGUGAAGAUGUGAUUCUGCCCUGUUCAGUCAAACCCAACAUCAGUGUUGUGGACAUGAGAGUGGAGUGGUUUAGACUUGAUCCGAAAGACUCAAAACUAGUUCAUCUCUAUGAGGAUCAUGAAGACAGAAACACAAAUCAGAUUGAGUCCUACAGAGGGAGAACAAAACUGAAUCAUCAAGAACUACAGAGAGGAAACACAUCACUCAAACUCUCAUCAGUCCGAGUCUCUGAUGAAGGACUUUAUAAGUGUUUUAUUCAGUCCAAAUCCUGGUCUGAUGAUGCCACUGUUGAUUUCAAUGUUGAAGCUGUAGGACGUCCUCCAGUGAUCACUGUAGAUGGGUUUGAUCAUUCAGGAGGACUUCAUCUACUGUGUGAAUCUGAAGGUUGGUAUCCUGAACCUGAUCUUGAGUGGCUGAACAGUGAAGGAGUCAGUUUGAGUUCAGAAACUACAGAAACACAGACAGAUUCAGUGUGA